GAUCACACCAUAAAAAAUAAGGAUUUCAUAACAUUACUAUGCGGUGUCUCUCAAGUCUCACCAACGUAACCGUUCAUCGGUUCAUCCUCUGGAUCGAGUAACACUAACAGGCAGCAAUACGAAACUAUAGUCAGGGAUAGUAGCCAGUUGAUCCUUACAUCGAUUUUACAGAAGGUUACUGCUUCAUGGGGUACAAAUACAAUACUCCUCAGGAAGCUCAGCUUGCUAAGGAGAUGCUCCAUGGAUACAAAUUGGAUGAAUUUGACUCUUUUAUGAGAGUUCCGGAUGAGUGGGAUCCUCCUGAGACUGAACCAUAUCCAUGGGAAAAGGAAAAUCAACAACACUGGCUCACUGAUGCAAAGGCCCGAGACCAGUUUGUGAUUCGUACUGAUUCAGACACUGAGGUUUUGUGGAAUGAUACAAGGCAUUUAAAGCCUGAUAUAUCCUGAUUAUUUUUUUGCUACAUCGGAAAAUGAUAUAUCCUGUUUAUAAGCAUACCUUUUGGACUGAGAGUUUUUUCCAAUGGUCCCCUUUGGGCACAUACUUGGCAACAGUUCACAGCAGGGGGUAGCAGGUUUGCAUUUUUGUAGGGCACUAUGACUUUGUCUCCGUUAGGAUUAAUUAUAUUAGGAUUUAAUUUAUUUUAAUUUAGGAUUCUAUCUUUUGUUUUUGGAACUAAUAUUGUAUUUUAAUUUUAGGAUGUUAUUUUUCAUUUUAGUUAUGAUAUCUUCUUUAUUGGUUAAGUUAUCUUAUUAGAAUUAGUUUAUUAUAAAUAGAAGCACCCUCCUUAGGUUAGAAUCAUGGAUUAAGUAUUUGAUUUUGUAAGGGAACCAACCUUUUGGAGCAACCGACCUAUGAAGAGGAAACCGCUUCUUGUGUCUUUUAUUUAUCCUUAUUAUUUCAAUAAUAUUAGUUUCUUAUUUAGAAAAUACAAAAAAUAUUUCCUUUUAUCCUAUUUUCUCUAUCGUUUCACUGUUAGGAUUUUCGGAUCCGAAGAAUUGGUCCGCCCUUCCGGAUAGAAAAAAUAGGAUUCAAUUCCCUGGUGCAGUUUUAUCCUAUUUGAAUCCGGCAGGUCGGACCAAUUGUUAGGAUCCAAAAAUCCUAAGUGAAACGAUAGAGAAAAUAGGAUAAAAAGAAAUAUAAAAGACACAAGAGGAAGGUUACUCUUCAAAGGCUGGUUCCUCCAAAAGGGCAGGUUCCCUUACAAAAUCAAAUACUUAAUCCAUGAUUUAUCUUUUGUUCGUCGUUCCGGUAACUCGGUAGCUGACUUCUUGGCGAAGAACUCCUCAAAGUUUCCUAAUGUUGUUUGGCUUGAGGAGAUUUUGCCGAAGUUUGACCUUUUGGUGUCUUCGGAUGUAUUAGCCUCUAUGACGCUUUGAUUUUAAUAUAUUAUCUCGUUUAAAAAAAAAAACCUUAGGAGGGUACUCUUAUUUAUAAUAACCUAAUCCUAAUCCUAAUGAGAUAACUUAGCCUCUAAGAAAUAAAAAAGAUAUCCUAACCAAAAUAAAAGAUAACAUCCUAAAAUACAAUAUUAGUUCCUAAAACAAAACAUAGAAUCCUAAAUUAAAAUAAAUUAAAUCCUAAUAUAAUUAAUCCUAACAAUUAUUGUCCAAGGCGUUUAUUGUUUUUGCUCAGGUUCUUGUCAUCAUGUUACUUUCAAUGGAAGAAUGGCAGACUAUUAUUGAGGAGUUUCCGAAGUUUGACGGAGUGGAUCCAGUGUCUUGGAUUGCUCGGGCCGAGAAAAUCUUCGAGGUCCACAAUUUGCAAGAGCAAGACAAGGUGCAAUUGGCUUUCCUUAGCAUGGACGGGGAGAAAACCACUAAUUGGUUUUAUACUGUUAUCAUGAUCUCGAUCUCACUUGGAACCACUUCAUCUCCGUCUUGCUUCUAUGUUUUGGUGACUUUGGCGUCGUGCUAACGUUUACGAGAGGCUAAACACUCUCCAACAAAGCAGUACUGUUGACGCUUAUGUACGGGAAUUUGAAGCUGUGGUUGCCCACGUUCCUUAUCUUUCUGAAGAGCGGUUGUGCUGAUGAAUUUGCUAUUGGAGGUACUGGAGGUGUCACUGGGGGUCGUGGCCUGUUUUUAAAUGGAGUGGUGGAAAGGAUGAUAAGUACUUUACUAGGUUGGGGAAAAAUGUACUCUCUGUAUAUGAGACAAAGACCUUUUCCCUUGUUGACAAAAAAAUGAAAAAUCCUUGAAGGUUGACAGUGAAAUGGAUUUUAGCUGGUCUCCAACUGAUCCUAUCAUUGCACUCUUUGUUCCUGAGAGUGGUGGUGGUAACCAGCCUGCUAGGGUAAUGACUAUGUAUUUUGUAUGACUAUUUUAUAGGUUAGUCUGAUUCAAAUCCCUAGCAAAGAGGAACUCAGGCAGAAGAACCUUUUUAGUGAUAGUGACUGCAAGACGUAGUGGCAAAGCAAUGGAGAUUACCUUGCUGUUAAUGUAGACCGACAUACUAAAACAAAAAAGAGUACAUACACAGGCUUUGAGCUUUUUCGUAUAAAAGAAAGAGACAUACCAAUUGAGGUUCUGGAGCUUGAGAAUAAGAAUGAUAAGAUAAUUGCAUUUGCAUGGGAGCCAAAAGGCCAUAGAUUUGUAGUUAUUCAUGGUGAUGACUCUAAGCCUGAUGUUAGCAUUUACUCUAUGCGGACUGCUCAGAAAGCUGGCUGGGUUUCAAAGCUCACUGCUCUGAAAGGCAAGCAGGCAAAUGCUUUGUUUUGGUCUCCUGCAGGUCGCUUCAUUGUAGUAGCAGGGUUGAAAGGCUUCAAUGGACAGUUGGAGUUUUACAAUGUUGAUGAGCUUGAAACAAUGGUUACUGCUGAACAUUUUAUGACAACAGAUAUUGAAUGGGAUCCAACUGGAAGGUAUGUUACAACUUCUGUGACUUCAGUUCAUGAUGUGGAAAAUGGUUUCAACAUAUGGUCUUUCAGUGGCAAGCAUCUUUAUCGGAUAAUGAAGGAUCACUUCUUUCAGUUCUCGUGGAGAGCAAGGCCGCCAUCUUUCUUGACUCCUGAGAAAGAGGAAGAGAUUGCAAAUAAUUUGAAGAAGUAUAGUAAGAAAUAUGAGGCAGAAGAUCAAGAUGAAUCGAUGUUGCUGAGUGAGCAGAAGCAAGAGAAGUGUAGAAUGUUGAAAGAAGAGUGGGACAUGUGGGUUAAUGAAUGGAAGUGGAUGCAUGAAGAAGAGAAGUUACAGAGGGAACAGCAUAGGGAUGGAGAGACAAGUGACGAAGAGGAGGAAUACGAAGCAAAAGACAUUGAAGUCGAGGAAGUUAUAGAUGUAUCUGAAGAGAUCCUUCACUUUGAGUAUGGUCAAGAAUGAACUAGUACACAUAGUUGAACUGGCGUGAGUGAAAUGUAAAUUAUCUUAUUUAUUUGAGAAGUAGUAACUGUAGUUGGGCAGCCUACUUUGAGUAAACUCUGAUCUGCUUUUGUAGUGUUCAAGCAGUGGACCUUUUAACUUAGCUAGGUUUAAAAAUUCAACUCAGUCUCAGGUACAAAGAUGAA